AUGUUCCCCCCGCCGCGAUACUCGGACGUGCCCAGCGCCAUCACCAUCUCCGUCGCCGAUGAAGAGGGAGGCCAGCUCGAUGUCGAGAUUCCCCUCGACGAGGACAUCCAAGACGACCCAACCGAGCUCUGCGCCAUUCUCGAGAAUGAGAAGAGCUUAACUUCGACCUGGGUCAAGGUCGCCGUGGCCUACGCGAAGCACAAGAAGAUCCAUGUCGCCAUUGACGUGCUGAGCCAGGCCAUUCAUGUUUUCGCAAGGGCGCGCGGCGAGGACAGGCUCAGCAUCCUCAACGGCCUGUGCUGGCUAUAUCUGCUCAAGUGUCGCGAGGCUCCGCGCAUCAUGUCAGACACGCAAACCGAUCCCGACACCAAGACCAAAGACUUCUAUCUACAGGCGGCCACCAGCGUGCUGAACGAUGCCUCCCGAAUCAGCCCCUCGCACCCGCCCCUGUUUCUCGCCCGCGGCGUGCUCUACCUCCUCCGCGCCUCGCUACAGGGCCCCUCGACCACUGCUGGAACCAACGCUAUCAGUCCAGAGCGCAUGGAGACGCUUAAGCAGGCCGCCAAAUGCUUCGAGGACGCGCUGAGGGCAUCCGGCGGGAAGAACCUCAUGGCCAAGAUGGGCAAGGCCCGCGUGCACUACUCCAUGGGCAAGUGGGCCGACGCCCUGAAGACAUACCAGAACGUCCUUGAAAGCUCGCCAGACCUCAUCGACCCCGACCCGCGCAUUGGCAUUGGCUGCUGCUUCUGGCAGCUCGGCUUCAAAGACGACGCAGCUGCCGCCUGGCAACGCUCUCUCGAGCUGAACCCAAAGUCAAAGAUAGCUCUGAUCUUAUUGGGCAUCUACAAUCUUCAGCUUACGGCCAAUCUACCCUCGUCCGACCCCAAGUUUGUCGAACUGUACAAGAAGGCAACGAACCAAUACAUAUCGCCCGCGACGAAGCUAGACAAUCAGUUCCCUCUAACAUGUGCAACGCUUGGAAGCCAUUUCCUCAUCCGGAGGGACUUUGCAAAGGCUGAAACUGUUGCGACACGCGCCAUCGAGCUGACCGACGUGAACGCCAUAGCCAGCGAUGGCUGGUAUCUUCGGGCUAAGAAAGCGCACCAUGAGGAGAACACAGCAAAGGCCGCAGAAUACUACUCCAAGUCUGACCAGGCCCGCGGAGGCGAAGAGCGGGGCUUCAUACCAGCCAAAUUUGGACUGGCUCAGAUGAACGUCCUGAUGAGCAACUACGGUGGCGCCAAAUUCCGUUUAGAAAAGAUUCUCCAGCAGUCGCCCACGCUCGAGGCGCAGACUCUCCUCGGUACCUUGUACGCCGAGGAUGUUUUUGCCGCCCAGAACAGCAAGUCCGCUGAGGACAAGUCAGCGGAACUGAAGAAAGCCCUCAAAUACCUUGAGACCGUCCAGAGCGCAUGGAAAGACCCCAAAAAGAAAGUCACACCCGAUCAAUCAGUGCUCCUUAACUUGGCCCGACUAUACGAGGCUGACCAUCCCGAGAAGAGCUUAAAAUGUCUGGAAGAGGUCGAGCAGAUGGAGCUGGACGCUAUACCAGACGAAGACUAUCCCGAGGAUGUAGAGGAAGAGUUCGAGCUGAAGGCAGCUCUACGCGAGCUCUUACCACCCCAGUUACUUAACAACAUGGGCUGCUUUCACUUCCAGGCCGAGCGUUUUGUUCGCGCUCGAGAGCUUUUUCAGGCUGCUCUCAACGCUUGCGUCAAGGCGGCUUCUCGUGACGAGACAAUCGACACUGAUGCGCUCGUUACGUCGAUCAGCUACAAUCUUGGUCGCACUUACGAAGCCGAGGGCAUGAAUGACGAGGCCAAGGUCGUAUAUGACAAUCUGCUCAAGCGCCACACCGACUAUGUCGACGCCCGACUUCGCCUGACCUACAUCUCUUUGCGUCAGAGUCCCCAAGACGACGGCCCACGUGCCAUGAAAGAGCUGUUCAAGGAAAACGAGGACAAUAUCGAGGUACGAGCUCUCUACGGGUGGUAUGUGAACAAGUCGAAGAAGAGAACGCAGAACUUUGCGACAGAUGACGAGCAACGACUUUACAAACACACCCUUCAAAAGUCUGACAAGCACGAUCGUUACUCCCUGAUGGGUAUGGGCAAUAUCCAUCUGGCUAUUGCGCGUGAGAUGCCUAGGAGCUCAGAGCAAGAGAAGGAGAAGCGGCGGAAAGGCUACGAGCGUGCUGUUGAGUUCUUCGACAAGGUGCUUCAACUUGACCCCAAGAAUGCCUACGCCGCUCAAGGUAUCGCGAUUGCUUUAGUUGAAGACAAGAAAGACUACUCGGCAGCUCUGCAGAUCUUCACCAAAGUCAAAGAGACACUCAAGGACCACAGCGUGUUCGUCAAUCUUGGUCAUACUUACUGCGAGAUCAAGCAGUAUGCUCGUGCCAUCGAAAAUUACGAAGCAGGUCUAUCCAAAGGUCGACAAAACGACCCCAAGAUCCUCGCCUGUCUCGGCCGCACUUGGUAUCUCCGUGCUCGCCACGAACGCAGCAUUGCCGCAUACCGCACCGCCCUCGACUACUCCAAGCAAGCCCUCAAAGUCGCCCCCUCGGACCUCAACUCCCAAUUUAAUGUCGCCUUCAUACAGUUCCAAAUCGCGCAAAACAUCAUCGCGCUGCCCGAAAGAGACCGAACCCUCGAAGAAGUCGAUGACGCAACCCAUGGUCUUACUGAAGCCAUUGAAGCUCUUGAAAAGAUUGCAAAGGAAGAAGCGCCACCAUUUCCGAGGUCAGAUAUUACUUCCCGUGCCAAUAUGGGUCGCAACACCAUGGCUAAGCAGCUUGAGCGCGCCCGCGACAAGCAGGCUACAUAUGAGGGUGAAAAUGCCAGUAAACUCGACCAAGCCCGCAGACUCCGUGAAGUGGAGGUACAACGCCGUGAAGAAGAGAAGCGAAGGGUGGAGGAACAGGCCAUUGAACGGAAGCGCAAGAUCCUAGAAGAACAAGAACGAGUCAUUCAACGCGAUCGCGAGCUCAUGGAGAGGCGUGGCGACGAGGAGCGGAGACGUAUGGAAGACGACGAGGACAAGGAACUGCGCAAGGCUGAGCGACGAGCGCGUGGUCCCAAGGGCCCGAAGCGCAAGAAGAAGGACGCCGACUCUGACACCGAUGGCCUUGGUUCCGGCACCGAUGACGAACCGCGCUCUCGGCGUCGCAGGACCAGCGCAUCUGGUACUGAAGGCCUUUCAGAUGAAGAGCGCCCCCGCGAGAAGAAGAAGAGGAAGCUGGCCAGGAAGAGCGAGCCCAGUGGCAAGUACAAAUCGGCCGAGUUCAUCGACGACGACAGCGACGACGGUGAUGCAGAUUUGCCUGCCGACGACACGGAGAAGGCUGAUGCACAGCUGGUGAGCGAGGAUGAGGGCGCUGCUAGCGUUUCCGCCGCACCGCGACCGCGCAAGGGCCGUGUGGUCGAUGACGAAGAUGAGGAUGAAGAUGACGGCAUUGCGGCGCCCAAGGCAAACGGAGAUGUAGCUAUGGACGAGGAUGAAGACGAGUAA